GCUCCGCCCAAACCCAAUGGUCACAUAAAUUCCUUCCCUUUCGCCUGGCCCGGGACAGCCUCCCAGGAACCUCUGCCUCUGACUACAGCGCAGCUUCCCUCCUCUGCCCGCUCCUGGCAGACCCAGCAGGACCCAAACGUACCAGCCAGCAGCAUGGCCACCAAGUGCGGGAGCUGUGGACCCGGGUACCCUAGUCCUCUGGAGGCCAUGAAAGGGCCCAGGGAAGAGAUUGUCUACCUGCCCUGUAUUUACCGAAACACGGGCAUUGAGGCCCCGGAUUAUCUAGCCACAGUGGACGUUGACCCUAAGUCUCCCCAGUAUUGCCAGGUCAUCCACCGGCUGCCCGUGCCCAACCUGAAGGACGAGCUGCACCACUCGGGGUGGAACACGUGCAGCAGCUGCUACGGGGACAGCAGCAAGGCCCGCAGCAAGCUGGUGCUGCCCUGCCUCAUCUCCUCCCGCGUCUACGUGGUGGAUGUGGGCACCGAGCCCCGCGCCCCGAAGCUGCACAAGGUCAUUGAGCCUGAGGACAUCCAUGCCAAGUGUGGCCUGGGCUACCUUCACACCAGCCACUGCCUGGCCAGUGGGGAGGUGAUGAUCAGCACCCUGGGAGACCCCAAGGGCAAUGGCAAAGGGGGUUUCGUGCUGCUGGAUGGAGAGACCUUUGAGGUGAAGGGGACGUGGGAGAAGCCUGGGGGUGCUGCGCCUUUGGGUUAUGACUUCUGGUACCAGCCUCGACACAAUGUCAUGAUCAGCACCGAAUGGGCAGCUCCCAACGUUUUAAGAGAAGGCUUCAACCCCGCCGAUGUGGAGGCUGGACUGUAUGGAAGCCACCUGUACGUGUGGGACUGGCAGCGCCACGAGAUCGUGCAGACCCUGCCUUUACAGGACGGGCUCAUCCCCCUGGAGAUCCGCUUCCUGCACAACCCAGCUGCUGCCCAGGGCUUCGUGGGCUGUGCCCUCAGCUCCAACAUCCAGCGCUUCUUCAAGAACGAGGGAGGCACUUGGUCGGCAGAGAAGGUGAUCCAGGUGCCCCCCAAGAAAGUGAAGGGGUGGAUCCUGCCUGAAAUGCCAGGCCUGAUCACUGACAUCCUGCUGUCCCUGGAUGACCGCUUCCUCUACUUCAGCAACUGGCUGCAUGGGGACCUGCGUCAGUACGACAUCUCUGACCCUCAGAAGCCCCGACUCACGGGACAGCUCUUCCUGGGGGGCAGCAUUGUGAAGGGAGGCCCUGUGCAAGUGCUGGAGGACCAGGAGCUAAAAUCCCAGCCAGAGCCCCUGGUGGUCAAGGGGAAACGGGUGGCUGGAGGCCCUCAGAUGAUCCAGCUUAGCCUAGAUGGGAAGCGUCUCUAUGUCACCACGUCGCUGUACAGUGCCUGGGACAAGCAGUUUUACCCUGAUCUCAUCAGGGAAGGCUCCGUGAUGCUACAGGUUGAUGUAGACACAGUAAAGGGGGGGCUGAAGUUGAACCCCAACUUCCUGGUGGACUUCGGGAAGGAGCCCCUCGGCCCGGCGCUGGCCCAUGAGCUCCGCUACCCUGGGGGUGACUGCAGCUCUGACAUCUGGCUCUGAAGCUCACCCCUCUGAACCCCACUGCCACGUUCUGAGCCCUCUCUUCCCCCGGGACCUGGCUGCCCUCUGCUCUCUGGGCCACCACCCGUGGCAGCUUGCCCCACCAAAGCCAAACUGAGGCAGAUGAAAUGUAUUAAGCGGUGUCGCCAUGUACCAACCACUGUUCCGUGCUGCUCCCCGUGCUGUCUUUACAUGAGCUCUUGAAAUUAUUUCACCAAAAAAUAAACUGGUGAAAAAAUAAACCUAUUCCUUAGGUCA